GUGGUUGUUUUCUUGCAGGUGGAUCUAUAGCUUUCUAGACUUUGUGAUUUUCAGCCACUGGUACGCCUAUUUAUGAAGAAGACGACCAACUAAUGGUCUCAGUAAAUGAUAGCAAACUGGUGUCUGCUUCAGGUCCAUUUAUUACGUCUGCUUCUGUUCAACUAAACAGUGCAGCGGAUGCACUUGAGCCCGAUAUUCCACCAUUAAGCCUGGUGGAGGGUUGCAAUGGAGAACAGGUAUCAAAUCCAGCGAUUCUCUCGAGCCUUCCCUACUCACUGGAGAUGGAUGUCUCACUGUCUAAGGUAAAGAAGGUAGUAGAGAAACCCCAGAGCACCAUCUGUGAAGCCCAUCUCAAGCUACCUGAUUUUUGCACAGAACUCUCUAGGGAUUUCAUCCCUACGCUGGAGGAGAUUGAGGAGUUCCUGAAUGAGAAGACAGCAUUUCUUAAGGAUGAGCCAAACAACAAGCAAUCAGUAGAAGGGCAGCUUGAGAUAAAAUCUGAGAUCAAUUUGAGCAGCCCUUGGAAUCAGUGUACCUCUAGAACUGCUCUAAAUGAAGACCUUUCAAUCUGUAUUCCAUCUGGUGUGGCAGCUGCAGAUACAAGCAGCCCUGAAACAAUGGGAAAUGUUCCUGUUGUUCUUCAGAUUCAGCCCAUUCAAGCAAGUGAAGGUAGUUCCUCAACUCAGGGCCUUACUGGAAGUAUCAAAGUGGCCCAACUGGUCGUCAAAAUGCAAGACCAGAGUGUGACCAUUCUUCCUCAGGUCAUCCAGAGCCCUAUGAUAAGCACAGACCAGAAAUAUGUACGAAUAGCUCCUUUGCCUGUAACACUGAGGCCAGGAGUUAUUGGAAACACAAGGAACAUGGAAGCCAAGGUCCCCAAAGCUUCCUCUUCUGUCAUCCGAGUUCACAAGUGCACACAUCCUGGCUGCACCAAGAUGUACACCAAAAGUUCUCAUCUGAAGGCUCAUUUCCGACGCCACACUGGAGAAAAGCCAUACACCUGUACAUGGCCAGACUGUGGCUGGAGGUUUUCCCGUUCAGAUGAACUUUCUCGCCACAAACGUUCUCAUUCUGGACUCAAGCCUUAUCAGUGCCAAGUUUGUGAGAAGAAAUUUGCCCGCAGUGACCACUUAUCCAAACACAUGAAGAUCCACAAAGUGUCAUUCAGUUUGGGAAGCCAGACAAAUCAAAGUUGUGGUAAAAGUUAGUCUUCCUUCAUUGCCUUGGUAGGAGAAAAAUUCCAGGCAAGAUAAAUGGAAGUAUAAAAGACCAUAUUUCUUUGGAAGAGGAGGAAAUAAGACACUGAUUGUGUCAGAAUCUGUGGAAAGUCCAAAGCCUACCUCUAACCUGAACAUGCCUUACAAUCAGAGUCACCUCCAAUUGGAGUCUACUGUUCUUGUGAACUUUUGUAAAAUCUGUAAUUAUGUUUGAGGGAUCUAUUUGACAAUUCAGGAUGCUAGAGCAGGUGCAGGGGUAAAAGAGUCUUUGCUUUCAAUUUUGGAAUGCUGAUUUUAGAGGCAUUUCUAAUGCUCCUGCCAUGGUGGACACUAGGGAUACUUACAUGAAUCAGAACUGCAUUUUACAGUGUUUCUUUCUCAAUAAGCAUACAUUUUAUCAUCAAGUCUAGAACUGACAACUAGAAGGGGAAGACCACCAGGCAAAUGUUUGCUAAAAACUGACAAAUGGAGGAGUCAAAAUCAGAAACUCUCUUGUUGCCAGAAAUGGGUUUCAUAGCAUUCAGUGCCAUUUGCUUUAGUCAACAGUAUUAGAGAAAUAAUUGAAUUUUGGAUAACUGAAUUUCAUUUUGGUUUCCAUAGCCAAGAUUUAAAUGCUUAUUCUGUGGCUCAUGAUGCAAAGGCCGUCAGUGCCUCAGAAUGAUACCCCCAAGGACCCUUACGUUUCUGUUUUUGG